CUUGCGUUUGUUUGCCUAACCACGUUCCUCUUUCUCUCUUUACUAUCAUAAUUCCUGGUCCUUACAUUUCCAUGUCAGAAACUGUUGUUACCGUCGUUGCACACCAUCCCUAUGAAGCCCAGCGAGACGAUGAAUUAGCAUUCGAAAAAGGCGAUGUCAUCCAAGUGGUCAAUAAAAGCGACCCAGACUGGUGGGUUGGCAAGAAAGAUAAUGGUGACUCUGGAUUCUUUCCAAGUAACUUUGUCGAAAUCGUUAAUGAAAAAGAUGCUGCCACCGACAAUGAAAAGCCUGUUGAUACAAAUAACCAACAUCAAGAUGCUGAUGCCUCCGAAACUGCCCAGGAGGAAAAGGAAGAUGAACAAGAGAAAGCACCUGCCAAUGUGCCCAUUGGCAUGGCACGUGUGAUGGAGGAUUAUGCCAUGCAAGAACCUGAUGAAUUAACUUUACAUCGGGGCGGAAUUGUUACCUUGUUUGAACGCACAGACAGUUGGAUGCGCGGUGAACUCAACGGGAAAACGGGUCGCUUUCCAGCCAAGUAUGUUGAGGAUAUUGAUAUGCCUGGUCGUCCAGAUUUGGGACAAGGCGGUCCUAUGUACGGACAAAAGGAAGCAACCGAAGAAGCACGCCCUGCUUUUCGAUUAGCUUCUUUUGGUGUGAAACAAGGUGGUAUUGGCAGCCUUCUUGCCGGCGGAUUUCCUACUUUGAAGAAGACGGGUAGCGCAGGCAAAGUGCCCACGGAAAAGUCGGAAAAACAUGUGGUUGAACCUCAACCAUCUUCCGAAGAUGCAGCCGCCGCUUCUUCUGAGCUGGAAAGUAGACCCUCCUCAGUAGUGAGCGGUCAGCAAAAGGAGGAAGAGAAACAAUCUGAAGCAGCUUCCGCAACUGUUUUGGGCAAAGCCAUGGUAUUACAUCCUUAUGAUGCUGAGAACGAAGACGAGUUGACUCUUCUUCGAGGCGAGUACAUUCAAAUUACGAACCGCCAUGCGGAUGAGGGCUGGUGGGAGGGUGUGAAUGAAAAGGGACAACGAGGUAUCUUCCCAGCCAACUUUGUCAAGGAGUUAGAAGAAGAAAAAGCUGCACCGGCACCUCCAGUUCGUUCUCGCAAGUCAGUCGCUUCGGUCGGAUCACAACAAUCGAUGGCCUCUCCUUCAUUAACUGGAGGUUUCCGCUUACCACCCUUGCCAACUUCCCGUCCUUCUUCGGCGGCAUCCAAUGUCACGGCUGAGAAGCCACCCUUGCCCGAGACACCAAAGCAACGUGCCCCUCCGGUGACAGAAGAGUCUGCCGUUUCUGAAGGAUCUGAAGGACAAUCUGAAGAACAAUCUUCAGCACCUGCUUCUUCUUAUCGUGUCCCAUCAACUAAUGAUGAACCUGCUCAGGUUGAAGAAACAACAGGGCCAUCGUUGUCCGAACCCAAAAUUGAGGAAAAACCGGCUACUGAGAAUGUGACCGAGGCUGCUGAAGUAUCGGCCAAGACUCCUGAAGAAGCGAUCAAGUCCCCUGAAGAGGAAUUCGACACCGUCACCUCGGCAACGCCCUUAGUUGACCUGAAUGAACACGCUGUCAGCGCAGCUGAAGAAAGUCAAUCUGUGAAGCCUACUGAAGAGACAAAGGAAAAUGAUAAUGUGGAGGAUGCAAAUAAAUCUAUCCAAGCAUCUCUUGAACCCGUGUCGGAAAAGAAAUUGCCUUCUGAAGCACCUGUGCCUGUUCCUGUUCCUGAACAGCCUGCUAAGCCCAUCGAAACAGAGACAGCGCCCGUGAAAGAAUCACCAAAAACAUCUCCCAUCGAAACCUCAACGAAUGAGAAGGAACCGGCAGAGGUGGCAACAGAAGUUAAGCCAUCAACAGAUGAACCGGAGCCAGAGCCAGCGGCUGCUGUGAAGGAAGCACAGACAUCUGAAGAUGAAAAAAAAGACAACGAGCCAGAAGCACAGGCAGAAAAGGAUAAGCCAGAGCAGCGUGAGGAGGCCAUCCCAGCGAUCACAGAAAGCAACGAGGCAUCCGAGGAACAUCCGACAUCAGAAGCAUUACCUUCUGGACCUAGAUUGUCGGCUCCCAGCCGAGCUCGUCCGGGCGCCCGUCCAAGACGAUCUCCUCAAGGCAGCCCCAGCGGCAACAGCAAGCAUGAACUUAGUCAAAUGGAGCUUUUACAGCAAGACUUGGCUCAGUCACCUAGCGAAGAAACACCCAAAGAAUCACCUGUGUCGGAUGUUUCAUCCGAAAAGAGUACCUCCACAUCGCCUCCGGCUAAACCUGUGAAGCCUAUCUUUGCGAAAUUCCCAACUCCGUUUGCUGUGAAUAAGGAUGAUAUUGCCAACAAGACCUUGAAGCCUGUGCAACGUCGCAUCUGGGAGCCUGCACCUGCACAUGAGCCGAAAGAGGAGAAAAAGAGUGAGCAGCAAGAAGCGCCUCGUCCUUCCGGUGUGAAGAACAUCGCCUCUCGGUUCAAUUUCGGUGGCGUUCCAUCGGGCGGCAGUAAUGAAGUACUUGAGACCAAAUUGAAGAAUUUCUCAAAGAACGAAGUGGAGAAAACGCGUAAAGAGUUCCAGCAGUUAUUGGAAGAAGAGCGUGCGCAACGUCUUCAAUUGGAGGAAUUGGUGAAAACAUUAGCAGCAAAAAUCGAGCAUUUGGAAUCACAACUGUCACAACAAUAAGAUAUGCUGCCCUUCAUCGCACAAUUUUUCAAGUGAUACUGUCCAAUGAUCUGGACAUAAGAUUGUAAAAAAAGGAAAAAUACUCCCUCGCCAACUCGACUAUGUAGAAUAAAUGUCAUAAUGUUGAUGCACAUAAUGUUCUGGCCUUAUCUUUGUUUGUUAAAAUAUGGCUAAAAAUAACGAGAUCGUCAGAACGUGCGAACAUUGGAUUGGAGAUGGAACUUAUUUUAUGGAGUGGAUUGAUAUGUAAUUUUUAAACCCGGUAGCGUGGUG